AUGCAGUGCUGGAAAGCCCUGGCUCUCUUCUUGCUCUGUUCACUGCUGCUCAGCCAGGUAAGCGCAGGGAAGCCAUCCCAGGGGCUAAUCCACGCGGCCAGGCAGCUAACCAGGCGUGCGGGGAUUUGCACAAACUGGCGGGGGCGGCAGGGGACAGCACAGGGCUGGAACAAGCAGAGUAACCGCCUACGCUCUGCGCGUCCCUGCGGCCUGCCCCGCCACCGCGUGACGCCCUUCUGGAGAGGGGUGGCGCUCCGGCCCGUCGGCGCCUCGUGUCGCGACAGCAGCGAGUGCGUCACGAUGCUGUGCAGGAAGAACCGUUGCUUCCUCAGGACGGCCAACGAGUGA